UUUACUUGAGCACAGAAUUUUAGAAAUGGAAGAAAGGCAUAAAGAGGAGCUGGACACUUUGAAGGAGGAAAAAGAGAACCUACAAAGCUUGGUCACACGGCAAAGCUACAUAAUCCAGGAACUAGAGAAGCAGUUAAACAAGGCAACAAGCAAUAACAGUGUCCUGCAGAAACAGCAGCUUGAGUUGAUGGAUACAGUUCACACUCUGAUCACCCUCUGUUCCAAGGAAGGAGUUUUACUGAAGAAUGCAAAAAAGGAAGAAGAAAAGCCUUUCAGAGACUGUGCAGAUGUAUACCAGUCUGGUUUUAACAAAAGUGGGGUCUACACUAUUUAUAUUAACAACGUGUCAGAUCCUAAAAAGGUCUUUUGCAAUAUGGAAAUUGCUGGAGGAGGAUGGACAGUUAUACAGCACCGAGAAGAUGGGAGUCUGGAUUUUCAAAAAAGCUGGAAAGAAUACAAAAUGGGUUUUGGUAGCCCAUCAGGUGAACAUUGGCUGGGAAAUGAAUUUAUCUUUGCAAUAACAAGUCAGAGGCAGUAUUCUCUAAGAAUUGAAUUAAUGGACUGGGAAGGAAACCGGGCAUAUUCACAGUAUGACAGAUUUCACAUAGGAAAUGAAAAGCAGAAUUACAG